CUUUCUCUCGUCUUCUCGAUCUCAAUCCUUUUUUUCUUGAUCCUUCUGAUUCUCAUCUAUUUCUUCUACAUCUCGAUCCUUUCCGUCCUAAAUCAGAUAAGCCCAGCCAUUAGCUUACCAGAUACAUAGUAGAUCUACAAGCUUCUUCUUCUCCUAAUCCACCAGAUCUCAACCUUCCAUGGCUCUCAAUCUCCGCCAAAAACAAACUGAAUGUAUAAUCCGGAUGCUGAAUCUGAACCAACCACUGAAACAAAGCGGCACCACAGCGAACGAGGAAGUCUACAAGAUCCUGAUCUACGACAAGUACUGCCAAAACAUCCUCUCCCCUCUCAUCCACGUCAAGGAUCUCCGCAAACACGGAGUCACCCUCUACUUCCUCAUCGACAAGGACCGCAAAACCGUCCGCGACGUCCCCGCCGUCUACUUCGUCCAGCCCACUCAAUCCAACAUCCACAGGAUCAUCUCCGACGCCUCCGAGUCUCUCUACGACACCUUCCACCUCAACUUCUCCUCCUCCAUCCCUCGCCCGCUCCUCGAACACCUCGCCUCGGGCACUCUCAAGUCCGGCUCCGUCGAGAGAGUCUCCAAAGUGUACGAUCAGUAUCUUGAGUUCGUGACUUUGGAGGAUAACUUGUUCUCCUUAGCGCAGCAGAGUACGUAUGUUCAGUUGAAUGAUCCGAAGGCUGUGGAGAAGGAUAUCGAAGGGAUUAUCGAGAGGGUUGUUAAUGGUUUGUUCUCUGUGUUGGUGACGCUUGGGGUUGUGCCUGUUAUUAGGUGUCCUGGUGGUGGUGGACCUGCGGAGAUGGUGGCGACUUUGUUGGAUACGAAGCUGAGGGAUCAUCUUUUGUCUAAGAACAAUAUGUUUAGCGAAGGAGGUGGUUUCAUGAGCUCGUUCCAGCGUCCUCUCUUGUGUAUUUUCGAUAGGAACUUUGAGCUGUCGGUUGGGAUUCAGCAUGAUUUUAGGUACAGGCCUCUUGUGCAUGAUGUUCUUGGGUUGAAGCUCAACAGGUUGAACGUGCAGGGGGAGAAAGGAGGGAUGAAGUCGUUUGAGCUGGAUAGUUCGGACCCGUUCUGGUCUGCUAACAGCUCUCUGGAGUUUCCGGAAGUCGCUGUGGAGAUCGAGACUCAGUUGAAUAAGUACAAGAGAGACGUUGAGGAGGUUAACAAGAGAACCGGAGGUGGGAGUGGUGCUGAGUUUGAUGGGACGGAUUUGAUUGGGAACACUAAACAUCUCAUGAACGCUGUGAACUCUCUCCCGGAGUUAACCGAGAGGAAGCAGGUGAUUGAUAAGCACACCAACAUCGCUACCGCGCUCUUAGGACAGAUCAAGGAGAGGUCUAUCGAUGCUUUCACUAAGAAAGAGAGUGACAUGAUGGUGAGAGGGGGAAUCGACAGAGCUGAGCUUAUGGCUGCUCUUAAAGGCAAAGGUACAAAGAUGGACAAGCUCAGGUUCGCAAUCAUGUACUUGAUCUCCACGGAAACCAUAAACCAAUCAGAAGUUGAAUCCGUGGAAGCAGCAUUGAACGAAGCUGGAGCUGACACAAGCGCGUUUCAGUACGUGAAGAAGAUCAAAUCCUUGAACGUGUCUCUCGCAGCUUCGGCGAACUCAGCAAGCAGAAGCAAUAUUGUAGACUGGGCGGAGAAGCUUUACGGGCAAUCUAUAAGCGCGGUCACUGCAGGAGUCAAGAAUCUGUUGUCUAGUGAUCAACAAUUGGCGGUGACUCGAACCGUUGAAGCUUUAACUGAAGGAAAACCGAACCCAGAGUUUGAUUCUUACCUUUUGCUUGACCCGAGAGCUCCAAAGCCUGGCUCCGGUGGUGGUAGCCAUGUGAAGGGACCGUUUAGAGAAGCAAUGGUGUUCAUGAUAGGUGGGGGGAACUAUGUUGAGUAUGGGAGUUUGCAGGAGCUUACUCAGAGACAGUUGACGGUUAAGAACGUUAUCUAUGGAGCCACUGAGAUUCUGACAGGAAGUGAGUUGGUGGAACAGCUGGGGCUUUUGGGUAAGAAGAUGGGUUUGGGAGGUCCGGUCGCUUCGUCUUCUUCGUCUGGUCACUGAGCUUGAGAGCUUUUACUUUUUCUUACGAGAGUUUUUACUUUUUCUUAUGAGAGUUUUUUCUGUUUUGUUAAAUAAAUCUAUUGAAUGCUUUUAUAUUUUUAAGUCUUUAAUCUGGAUUUAGAUUUUUUAAAAAAAAAACUUGCUAUACCAAACCAAAUUUUAGAAUCGUGGUAUCUGAGAGCUGGCCAAUUCUUCUUAUGAUUGGUUCAUUACAGUAAUUUUUUUUUUAAAAGUAGAUACACAUUAUCUCUUGCUAUAAUUUUUUUAUUUAUUUAAUUAAUAAAAGAUUUUUCAAUUU